AGAAAAUAUCAAUUUUCCCAUCUUGUUUCACAUCUAUAGAAGAAUUUUUUUCUACUCUCUUGAUUGACAAUUUUUGUUAUCCUUCAUAUUUAUUCUUUAUUAUUCUAGCAGUGUAGUUAAAUAAUUUCAUAGCAAAAUGAAACCGUUGAUGUUACACGGGCACGAGCGUGCGAUAACGAAAAUUAAAUACAAUAGAGAAGGAGAUUUAUUAUUCUCAGCUAGUAAGGAUAAAAAACCAAAUGUUUGGUAUUCGUUGAAUGGAGAGAGAUUGGGUACAUUUAAUGGACACAAUGGUUCGGUAUGGUGCAUUGAUGUUAAUUGGGAUACAACUCGAUUUAUGUCUGGAAGUGGUGACAAUACUUUGAUGAUUUGGGACUGUGAAACAGGAAAAGUUAUUGGAAAGCUGGAGACAAACAGUUCAGUGAGAACGUGUUCGUUCAGUUAUUCUGGAAAUUUGACGGUGUACAGUACUGACAAGGCACUUGGUCAUCAGUGCGAAAUGUUUAUCAUUGACACGAGAAAUGUCGAUGCCGGCUUGUCGAAACAGGACACAAUUCACAGAAUUUCAAUUGACGGUCCUAGAAUUUCGGCCGUUCUUUGGGGAGCUUUGGAGGAAACGAUCAUAACUGGUCAUGAGGAUGGUGUUAUUAACAUCUGGGACGUCACUACCGGAAAGAAAAUAAACACCAACAAGGGACACAAGACACAAAUUAAUGACAUGCAGAUGAAUAAAGAUGGAACCAUGUUCGUCACUGCAUCCAAAGAUCACACCGCUAAACUUUUCGACAGUGAUUCGUUAAUGUUGCUGAAGACGUACAAAACCGAAAGACCUGUGAAUUCAGCAACGAUAUCUCCAAUUCUUGACCAUGUGGUGUUGGGUGGAGGACAAGACGCCAUGGACGUAACAACGACCUCGGCAAGACAAGGAAAAUUCGACGCUCGUCUAUUCCACAUGGUCUUCGAGGAAGAAUUCGCCCGUCUAAAGGGUCAUUUCGGUCCAAUCAAUUCCCUAGCAUUCCAUCCAAAUGGUCGCACAAUAUCAACAGGCGGAGAGGACGGUUACAUUCGAAUUAAUACGUUUGAUCAAUCCUAUUACGAUUUCCAUUUCGAGUAUUAAAAAAAGCUUAAUUUCACCUAGUGCAGGAAAGGAGAAAAAUAUCAAUUAAAAUUUGGACUAUUUCGCCUGGUUCAAAUCUUCCCCCCUUUGACUUUUUCCACUCAAGUGCAAAAUACAGCUGUAAAAAAAGAAUCAUUGUUAAUUUUGACGAUCGUGCAAAACAUCAUUUUUUUUUUUUUGAAAAAGUCGUUAGUUUUAUAAUUUAUCUUGGUGCCAAGUAUUCUUGGAAGGAAACCGCGAACUUUGUAUUUGUAUGAAAAAAAAAUUCGUCUAUGAGAAUGUUUUAUAAUAAUAAAAGCAAUAGUAAAAGAAA